AAUAACAAAAAUGUUUUUAAUGCUAUUUUAAAUGAGGAUCAAACAGAUGAUAUUGAGUUGGAUAACUUUCAAGAUUGUACAAAUUUCGAAAAGAAAGUAAAAAUGGCUUUAUAUAAUGCUAUAAAUUAUUAUUGGCAAGUACUAUCAAAAGAAGAAAUAUUAGCUAUAUUACUUGAUUCUCAGUGUAAAAUGUUAAAUUUUGUUUCAGAAUCUUUAAAAGCUAAAACUUACAAUUCAUUGCAUAAAGUAUAUAAGCAAUAUCAAAAUCAACCUAAUAUACAACCUAUUAAACAACUAUUAUAA